UCAGCCCCCUUAGUAACCCUCGGCGGCGUCUCCAAGCGAGAGAAAGCAACAAGAUGGGAUUGCUGUCCAUCCUGCGUAAGCUAAAGAGCACACCAGACCAGGAGGUGAGGAUACUGCUGCUGGGUCUGGAUAACGGAGGGAAGACCACCCUGCUCAAGCAGCUGGCAUCUGAGGAUAUCAGCCACAUCACCCCCACACAGGGUUUCAAUAUCAAGAGCGUCCAGUCUCAGGGUUUUAAACUGAAUGUUUGGGACAUCGGAGGCCAGAGGAAGAUUAGGCCGUACUGGAGAAACUAUUUUGAAAACACUGAUGUGCUGAUUUAUGUGAUCGACAGUGCUGACAGAAAGAGGUUUGAGGAAACUGGACAGGAGCUGGCCGAGCUGUUGGAUGAGGAGAAGCUGAGCGGCGUUCCUGUGCUGAUCUUCGCGAACAAGCAGGACUUGCUGACAGCCGCCCCGGCCUCUGAGAUCGCUGAGGGUCUGAACCUGCACACCAUCCGGGAUCGCAUGUGGCAGAUCCAGUCUUGCUCCGCGCUCACCGGUGAAGGGAUUCAGGAGGGCAUGAACUGGGUCUGCAAGAGCGUCAACUCCAAGAAAAAGUAGCUUUGCUUCUAGUCUUCUACUACUCAGGAGGAACAGCUGCAGCACACACACCCCAUACAUGCACACUGACACACAUGCGCCCUCCUGAGCCUUAAUACGAUGGGAUAUACCUGUGAAUGUACACACACUACUAAUCCAACAUGGACUUGGAGUUUUUAACUUUCUGCAUUUCCUGUAUCGCUGAUGUUUACUAAUUUUCCACACAUCUUCCCAUGUUUUCUUCCACAAAAAAAGAGGAAGGGUAAGGAGGUGAGGAGGAGGAGGAGGGGGAACUUCAAAGGGAACCCAUACCAGGAAAUCAACCCCCCCCCUCCACCCAGUCUACCCACGUCACCCUCGGCGGUCCCAGCCAAUCCCAGCCACCGUCCGCAGCCUGUCAGAACCUCAAACAUCCCCAUUAAAACUGCUGUCUUUCAUUGGAAUUCCAGCAUGUUCUUAAAACUCUUUCACACUCUGUCCUGGAAACCAACACCCUCUUCCUCCUCCUCCUCUUCCUCAUUCCAUCUCCAUCUUUUUCUUCACCUCAUUCUUACAGGUUGAUAUGUUUUGUGUUUUCUUUUUUUCUUUUUUAAAAAUCAUUCCACAAUGGCUGUAAGCGCUAUUUUUCCUGCUAUGGCUCUGUUUGAAGUGAGGUAUAUUUUUGUAACUGUUUUAUUUAUGGUGAAGUAGAGCGUUAGAGUGCUUUUAAAAAACAACAACCGGUGUAGCUCGUGUGCGUGUGUGUGUGUGAUUUUAAAGGAUGUCGGAGAAACGGAUGUCGGCUAUCUUCGACUCUCUCCCCACUAAAAGAAUGAUACUGUACAUGUUAAUAUGUAUAAAACAAAUUAAAAUGGUAAAGAGGAACUACAUUUUUUUGUUUUGGACCAAGUGUAAAUAGCUCGGCCCCGUGUUCAUAUAUUACGUUAUGCACAUGUUAUUGAGUAUACGUUACCCCGCUGUACUUUAUAGUCUAUAAUGUUUGCAUAUCUAAUAUAUGCUGGCAGAUUUUUAACAGAGGUAUAUGUUCUGUAUGUCCCGAUGCAUUUCUUUGUGCGACGUUUGGGUAGCGAUGGAAUUUAACUCUUUAGGCGUCUCCUUUUUGAUAUUCUUGAAUGUAAUCUGUCCAGAAUUGAAGGUACUGUAUGUGAAUAAAAACAACAUUUAAAAAAGUG